GCGAAUGGCAAGGAAAACACAGUACAAGGGGCCUUUCUUCGCGAAAAGGCGUGUCUCUUACAUGGCGGACGCGCAUGCCCGUCUCUGCUCUAAAUAAUGUACUUCGUCUUUUCGCGAGUCUUGGCUGUAUUUCUCUCUCGUUCGUAUAUGCAAUUUUUUGUCACCCUUCCGUUUCCUUAUCGUUUCCCGCAUUUCAGCUUUCCCGUUAGCAGCACUGCUCAGACUCGCAUACCGAAGUCCCCCGUCGACGGCAGACGGUCUACAUGUUUGUCGGCUUUACGCGGUUCUCUUGCCGUUGUGUUUUCGACCUCUCCACUUCUUCUUCAAGCUUUCUUCGGUUGUUCUUUCUUUCGUCUUCGCGCUGCUGUAUUCUGUCAAGCUUUCCAAUCGUCUUUCUGCGUCGGCCGCGCAGGAUCUGCGUUCGGUAGUACCGGUACUGGUUCUCCUGUUGGCGUUGUGGAUUUCCUCUUACUGUUCUCGGGUUUUUUCCCCAGCAGGAAAAUCGUCUUACCAUCGCCAUCUUCCGUGGAGGUCUAUGUAGUCGUUGGCAGGAAACGAGGUCUUUGCGACAACGUGCAAAAGACAGUUUGCUCCUGGACUCGAGCGGGCUGCGGCACCAUUGCUGGCUGGGGUGUAUGCACACCGACGCACGAGGGUCUGCAUUCGAAUCAGAAUGCUGUCAUAAUGUGCAGUUCCAAAGAAACUGCGGUGAUCUGUUUUUAGGUCUGUUCUCCCCCCUCUGUGUUAUUUUCUGUCACGGAACCGCGUCUCCUUCGUUCACCUUUCUCUUCCGGCGCAGCUGGUCAUCCGUGCUGAGACCACGACCUUGCUUUCUUCCGUCCCUGUUUCAAGUUUUAUUUCGCCAGUUUUUCAGCAUCGGCAAAGCCUAUCGCUUCCCGUAAGCCUGGACGUUGAAGGUGCCCAGGCAUCGCUUUCGACGGCUAUUCUUCCUGGGUUCUCGAGACAAAUAUUCAACCCGCAAACCUUCACACAAUCGAUCCCUCAGCGAUCCGCUUCCCGUCCGUUUCCGUUUCUUGCUGCGGGCCUUCGCCUGUGGCGCCCUUCGUCCCGCGCGCCGUGGUGCUCUUUGCUGCCCCGGUCUCCGUCAUUUUCAUCCGGUGGUGCCUCAGUGUUCUUCUGUUUCUUUGAUUUCUACGCUUCCUCGUCCCCCUCUCGUUCCGUCAACAUGCAAGCUCCUCGACAGCCGGCCUCCCUCAUGCCCGGCGCUCGCCGGUUCAUGCCGGGAGUCGGCUCGGGUCCCAGCGGACCGUACGUGGCGGGAGUUGGGCGAGGAGCGACGCCCUUCUCGACUCGCGCGGAGACUCCUGGCCUUCACUCGGUUCCGGGCAGGAGGACAGAUAAUCUCAUGAAUAAGGCGGCUCUGCAGGCGAGUGCAGGCGUUAUGGUUGGCGGGGAACUCUCGUCCUCUGCGAGGACGGCUGCAGAGCUCUUCGGGCGCCCGCCUCCAGGCUACAUUCCCGGGCGCGGGCGAGGAGCGACUGGCUUUGCAGGAGGAGUUAGUCGAGAUGACACGGCAACUGACAACGUCCACGACAAGAGCGAUCUUUCCGACGCCAAUUUCGACCCUUUCACGGGGUAUUCUGAGGCGCUGUUCAACGAUGCUGAGUACGACGAAGAAGACAAAGAAGCAGAUCGGAUUUACGACACGGUUGACAUGCGCAUGGAUGCCCGACGAAAGUCGCGCAGAGAAAAUCGACUGAAGGAAGAAAUCGCGAAAAUGCGUGCCGAGAAACCGACGAUUCACCAACAGUUUGCAGACCUGAAGAGGUCCCUUGCGACAGUAACGAAAGAGGAAUGGGAGGCCAUUCCGUCGGUCGGCGACUACACGUUGAAGCGCAAGCAGAAGAAGCCUCAGAUGUUCAGCAUGGCGCCGGACUCGCUGUUGCUGCAAGGGCGGAACUCGACGUCUUACUCGAACUCGAUUGCGUCUGCAGGAUCCGCGACGCCGAUCGGCUUCGGCAUGCAAACUCCGCUCAUGGGGAUGGCCACACCGCUGGGCUUGCAGACUCCGCUGGGGCUCCGCACCCCGCUGUUGGGCUCCGGCUCGGGGACUGGGUCUUCGGGCGCAGGCACGCCGUCUCUGAACGACUUGGGCGAGGCCCGCGGGACGGUGUUGUCUGUGAAGCUGGACAAGGUGAUGGACAAUCUGUCGGGGCAGACAGUUAUCGAUCCGAAGGGAUAUUUGACGGACCUGAAUUCGAUGCAGCUGCAGAGCGACGCAGACGUCGCAGACAUCAAGAAAGCUCGGACGCUCCUCAAGUCGGUGACGGCGACGAAUCCGCACCACGCCCCCGGGUGGAUCGCCGCGGCGCGUCUGGAGGAGCUGGCGGGGAAGCUGCAGGCGGCCCGCGAGUUGAUUGCCACUGGGUGUCAGCAGUGCCCCAAGUCCGAAGACGUCUGGUUGGAGGCAGCGAGGCUGGAGAAGCCUGCGAACGCGAAGGCGGUGCUCGCCAAGGCCGUCUCCGUGCUGCCGCACUCGGUCCGUCUGUGGUUCGACGCAUACGCGCGCGAAAAGGACCUCGACCAGCGGAAGCGCGUGCUGCGGAAGGCUCUGGAGUUCAUCCCCAACUCUGUGCGGCUGUGGAAAGAGGCGGUCAGUCUCGAGGAAGAGAAGAACGCGAGAAUCAUGCUCACGCGCGCCGUCGAGUGUGUGCCUCAGUCCGUGGAGAUCUGGCUCGCGCUCGCGCGUCUCAGCAGCUACGAGGAGGCCCAGAAGGUCCUGAACGAGGCGCGCAAGAAGUGCCCGACGAGUCCAGAGAUCUGGGUCGCAGCCUGCAAGCUCGAGGAGACGCAGGGGAACCUGAAGAUGGUCGACACGAUCAUCGCGCGCGCGCGCGACAACCUGAUUGCGCGGGGCGUUGCGCAGACUCGGGAUGUGUGGCUGAGGCUCGCAGAAGAGGCCGAGGCCUCGGGCUUCAUGGCGACCUGUCAAGCGAUCGUGAGAGCCACGAUGAAGGUUGGAGUCGAGGGCAUGAACGCGAAGCGAAUCUGGAAGGAAGACGCCGAGGAAGCGCUCUCCCGGGGUUCGGUGGCAACGGCCCGCGCGCUGUACACUUGCGCAAUUGAGCGUUUGAAGACGAAGAAGAGUUUGUGGCUGGCGCUUGCGGACCUCGAGACGAAGCACGGGACCACUCAGGACCUGGAGAAACUGCUGGCGAAAGCCGUGGUCUGUUGCCCACAGGCUGAGGUUCUCUGGCUCAUGCUCGCCAAGCAGCACUGGUUGCAAGGCGACGUUCAGGCGGCGAGAAAGGUCCUCGCGGAGGCCUUCGUCCACAACGAAAACAACGAGGCGAUCUCCCUUGCCGCUGUGAAGCUCGAGCGAGAGAACCAUGAAUUCGCGCGCGCGAGGAAGAUCUUGAAGCGGACGCGCGCCCACGUCAACACGCAGAAGGUCUGGAUCCAGUCGGUGCAGCUCGAGAGGCAAGUCGGGGACUACGACGCGGCCAUCGCGCUCUGUGAAGAGGCCUUGAAGAGCCAUGCGGAGUGUCCGAAGCUUUGGAUGAUCGGCGGCCAGCUCCACCGCGAACACCCGACGAAAAAAGACGAGGAAAAAGCCGCAGAAGUCUUCCAGAGAGGCACCGUCGUCUGCUGUCGCAGCGUCCCCCUCUGGCUGUGCGCAGUCGACUGUCAACGCGAACAGGGCAAGUGGAGCGUCGCGCGCGCGAUCCUGGAGAAAGCCAAGCUGAGGAAUCCGAAAAAUCCAGACCUCUGGCAUGCCGCCAUUCGAAUCGAAGUCGAAGCAGGAAACAAACAAAUGGCGCAACAUGUCGCCAGCAAAGCCGUCCAAGAAUGUCCCAACUCCGGACUCGUCUGGGCCGAGGCCAUCUUCCUCGAAGAGAAAAGUGCACAAACCCACAAGGCCGUCGACGCCCUGACCAAGUGCGAAAACGACGUACACCUCGUGCUUGCGGUUGCUUGUCUGUUCUGGAAAGAAGGAAAAAUUUCCAAGGCGCGAAAGUGGUUGAACAGAAGCGUGACGCUCGACGCGUCCUUCGGGGACGCCUGGGCAGCCUUCCUCGCCUUCGAACUGGAGAAUGGAGGUGGAGAAAAAGAGUGCAGAAACAUCAUCAACAAGGCUUCGCUCGCGCAGCCCAACCGAGGGUUGAACUGGAACAAAGUUGUGAAGCACGUCAGUUGCUGGACUCUUUCUUUCCCCGAGAAGCUGAGAAAAGUAGUUGAGCGCAUGUUCCCAGAGGUCAUGAAGAACGACAAGCUUCCACAAGUCAUCAAGGAUGCGCUGUACGGAAAACUCGACAUCUCGGUGGCCAAGAGCACGUCCUCGUUGCCUCAGAAAGGAGGCCGAACACCAGAUCAGAUCAAGGACGAGAAGGCGUCUGAGGGCAGGAAGCGCGAGCAAGGUGAUUCGUCGCCGACCCAACAGGGUGCCUCGGACGCAAAAGCGGCCGCUGUGGACUACAGAGACGAGAGACCAAGCACUCAAAGGGAGAAGAGAGAGAGAGAAGACAGAGAAAAGGAGUCGGAAAGAGAGACGAAGAAAGCCAAGUAGUCCGGGGUGCGGGGAGAACUUGAAGGCGGAGCCAGAGAAGCCGAGUUUUUUUGUGCGGUAUUUUGCAUGCACGCAAUGUAUUCGCACGUGCUGGUCGGUCUCCAGGUUUCUGCGGGAUACACAGAGAAAGAAGUGAACAACUGACAGCCAUCUUCUACCCUUCUCGUGGCGGAAAUGCGGUUUUUGCCCAUUUGUAACGGCACUGACGGACAAGUUGCAACUUUUUUCUUUGGGGAUAUCAGCCGGGAAGCACUGGGUUCUUUCGUAGCAACUCUUUCCCUGUGUCGUUGGACGUUUCCUCGACACGAGCUCUUCAAGCGACUGGACUAUAUAUGCGGCAUGCGCGAUUCGCACGGGGUUUUUUGUACGUCUACUUUCUUUCUCUAGCCUGCUUCCUCGCACGACGUUGUUGCGCUCGCUACUCCGUUUUCUUGUGUUUAUCCAGGGCGCUCUGCCGCCGUAGUUCUCUCGCAACGUCUUUUUCGGUAUUUGUGUCAGCUCCUCGCAACUCGCAGGCCUGAUGGUUCGCUAAAUAGUUUCUUUCUCCCAGUUUUUGUACGGCAAACGAGCUGUCCCGCA